AUGACUACUAAGGAACAUGAGCCAGUUAAAAAAAGAACGAAGAAGAGGACAGCAAGGGAUGUUGAAGAGGAGGAAGAUUCAAACUCAGACUCUGAAAAUGAAACAUUAGGCUCCAGUAAUAAGAAGAAAUGCCCACCAUCAAAUCAUUCAGACUAUUCAACUGAUUCAAGCCAAUCAAGUAAAGAACAAGGAACCUAUUCGACCAGUCAUUGGAGUUACAAAGAUCUGAAGUCUGUAAAUAUCUUUUAUGAGGAAACACAAGAACCCUUGGAAAAAUUUAUCAGUGAAGUGAAAGAUGUUCUUCAGAGUGAGAGAUAUUUUUUCCCUGAUCCCAGCAAAAUGACCAAUAUUUUGAGGAAACAUCUGGAAAAUUUGACAUUUUCAUAUGAUUUGGCAAAACUUAGAAUUGUACGGAAGUAUGGUGUCCCUAGAGAGGAGCUGGAGAGAAUAUCAGAGGAGAUGAUGGAAUAUGAACGGCAGUGGACACAUGGGGAAGAGCCAGAAGAAACACUACAGAAGAACCACUUUUAUGAAGCAUUGGACUCAUCUAUGAAGAACCAUGCACUGAAACUAAUAAUCAAAUUGGACUUUGCUGUGGGAGAUUUUGCAUAUCAGACUAUUCAACUUGCCAAACAAAUUCUAAUUGGAACAGAUUGUCCCGAGGAUACAGAAUGUAGAAAUAUUUUCCAGAUUUACUGUGAAUUUUUUGGAAGGAUAUUCUUUCUAACUAGUGGUGUAGUAAUUCAGGGGUCCUUUACUUUUCAAAAUCGAAUCCUGAGGAUCACUCCUGAUAUUGUCUAUCAUUACAUCCCUGAUAAAUGUCGUAAUUCAGAGGAUGAGCAACUCUUGUUUAUUAUACAGGCAAAUAGAGCUGCAGAUUCUCCUGAGGAUGCGACAGACAUUAAAGAGAUAGUGGGAGAAGAUAUUAUGGGACAAGUUGGAGCAGAGCUUAUUGGCCUGUCACGUCGUUCAGUAUUUUAUCCAAAUAGUCUUGGAAUCAUUUGUAUGGAAACAAAAGUAAGAAUUCCUCACCCAUUACAAGCAGAUGUGAUGGCAUAAACUAAACCAGGAUCAUAAUUCUUUAUAUGUAAAAUUGAUGGAAAGUGAAA